AUUAUGUGCAUAAAUAAUCAUGAAACGUGAUCGUCUUGGCUCGACUCAUCUCGCAUUUCAUGAAGCGUCUCAUCAUUCAGAUGAAUCGUAAAACCGCUUUGCUGACUACUCUCCCGAGAACAGUCACUGUUCCCUACUAUGCUCCAUCCUGUUUAUUUCUAGAAACUUUUCUUCGGAGCAAGCUAAUUCCCUAUGAAACAACGCAAUGUUCUCUCUACAAUGUACUCCCUCGUGAGCACCUAUACCCAUUGAUUGAUGUCGAUGGGUAUUUCUUCAAAAAUUUGAUGGAAGGACUUGAUUAUCUGCUCGCCAAAUAUGGAAAAUCUCUGGACUCGGGCCUGACUCCAAAAGAGCGAGCACAGGCUCUCGCAUUGAGCGCUUUGCUCGACGAGCUUACUUGGAUGCUCGCCUACUCGCGAGGCCAAGAUUUCACGUGGCUCCGCGAUGAUCGUAAGAUUAUCGAAGACUUCGGGCUUGUUCAGCUCUAUUUUUGGAGGAAUUGGAUUGUACCGCAGAUGCAGAAACGGACACGCCGCCGAGUGCGAGGCUACGGAAUAUCCGGAAAAUCGGCGAGAAAGGAGGUCGCCUGCCGAACUGAAGCAAUGUUGGAGGCAUUGGCCUCACUUUUGGCCUCGAAUAAAUACUUUUUCGAUGUCAAUGAACCGUCUUGGCUCGACUGCAAGGCGUUCGCCGUGCUGGCUCAAUUCAAAUAUACACCACUGCAGAACGAGGCCCGCGUAAAACAAUUCAUGAAGGACCGAACUCCAAAUUUGAUGACAUUUGUGACGCGCAUGAAAGAGGAAUUCUGGUCGGAUUGGUGCACCACGUCGGAGGAUUGAAUUUCGUGGAAAAUGCUAAUUUGUUUAAUGUAAUAUGAUUUUGCUUCGUAGAUUUUAACCUAUGCUCGAAUAAAAUUUAUAUUCUAAUUU